GGAGGGCUGGCCGUGUCAGUGAUCAAUGUCAUGACUUCCUCCUCGGGCUGGAGCAGUAUCAGAGCACAGCUGAAGGAAGCUGAUUACUGGCUGGGUUCAAAUUGGCUGGGAACAAUACACACAAACACACACACACACACACACGGACGGGCGGACACACGCAGCCCGCACCCUGGCUCCCGCGUCGCCGCUCCGCGCCGGGGGGGAAGAUGAGCUCAGGGGACGUUGUUUGCACUGGAUGGCUCAUUAAAUCACCCCCCGAGAAGAAACUCAAGAGAUACGCAUGGAGGAAGCGCUGGUUUGUGCUACGCAGAGGCCGCAUGAGUGGGAACCCAGAUGUGCUGGAGUACUACAGGAACAACCACUCCAAAAAGCCCAUUCGGAUCAUCGACCUCAAUGAGUGCGAAGUGCUGAAGCACUCAGGGCCCAACUUCAUCAAGAAGGAAUUUCAGAACAACUUUGUCUUUAUUGUGAGAACCACCUACCGCACCUUCUACCUGGUAGCCAAAACUGAGGAAGAGAUGCAGAUCUGGGUGCACAACAUCAGCCAGAUCUGUAACUUUGGACAUCUAGAAGAUGGCACAGGUUCGGUGGAGAGCCUGUCUCAUACGACCUCGUCCCCGCAGCCAUCGCCGGCCGCCUCCACCCAUGCCUCCCGCAUUGCCGAUCCCUCCUUCUCGGUCGACCACGCUGCUGCUGAUGUGUCUGCUGCAGAGGAGACCCCCAGCGAGUCAGAGUCGGUCUUCCUCCCCGACUACCUCUUCCUCUCCAACUGCGAGUCGGGCAAGCUCAGCCACAACAGGUGUGACAGCUGGUCAAAUUCGGACAGAUCUCUGGAGCAAACCUCAUCGGAUGAUGUUUUUGUUGACUCCUUGCAAUCCCAGCCCUCCUUGUACCUUGUACAGCCAUCCAGCGCUGGCACUGUGCACCAGGAUGGGACUCCGUUGGCAAAUUCCAGCACUGUGUCCAGGAACAUAGACAUUAGCGGGCCACCCAGUGACUUUUCCUCCUCUUCUCCGUUGCUGGGGACACCACUGACACCAACCUUUCAGAUGGACAAGAGCCAAAACUCACUGCCCUAUGGUGUAACCCAGCUGGACAUCCUGUCCAACACGCCCCCGCCACGGCCGCCCAAGCCAACCCACUUCGCAGACAGGAAAGGGGAUGAGGUGGGCGGCGGGACUCUCCAGAAUGGGCACACAGGGAUCUGCCGGGCUCAGGUCGCUCUGGUGCCCAGGAGGAUCUCCUUGUCCAGCUUAGACAACAUGAGGAACUGGAAAGCAGACAUGGAAGGCAGUUCCUUAAGAAGUCGGGAUAAGAGGCUUAGCUUGAAUUUGCCCUGUCGGUUCUCCCCGCUCUACUCGACUGCGUCGGACAGCACGGAGGACAGCUACGUGCCCAUGCGCCCCAGCACUUCUCCCUCUGCGCCUGGCGCCGACUGUUCACCCGACGGCUACAUCCCCAUGAGCCCCAGCUCAGCCACCUUUACCUUCCCUGUCAUCAGCACUGAAAAACUCACCAGCCCGUUACCCGAGCUCCCCUCGGACCUGGAGCCCCCUCCGGUGAACCGAGACCUCAAGCCUCGUAGGAAAUCACGGCCACCUCCUCUGGACUUGAGGAACCUUUCCACAAUCCGGGAGCAUGCUGCCGUGACCAGGAUGUGGACUGUGCCUUACAAUCGAAUGAGCUUUAUCUCACCAGAAAGAGACGGUAUUAAUUCAGCAAGAAUAUUUGCCAAUUCAGUUUCCGGAGAAGAGGAAGAAAGUUACAUUCAUAUGGAACACAGACAGGCAACAUCUCCAUACAGUGGUGCUUUUCCAUGGACAAGGAAAUCUAACCUUGAUUACUUAGCAUUGGAUUUUAAUUCUGCUUCCCCAUCCCCUGUACAGAAGAAACCUUUUCUCUCUGAGGAGCAGAGAGUGGACUAUGUCCAGGUAGAUGAACAGAAGACCCAAGCUUUACAGAACACUAAGCAGGAAUGGACAGAUGAGAGGCAAUCAAAAGUCUAAAGGAAGAAGAUUUAGGAUCUGGAGGAUGGGGUUUUUUUGCACUGGAACCACAAUGUUAAUGAAGCAGCUAUCACAGUAGAGUUCAAAGGCUGAGAGAGUUGCAAGAUGCUCACGGUCUGUAGAGGAACAGCAUUUUUGAUGCAAACCUUUGAUAUCAGCUGGAAAUAGUAUGUUGAAUGAGUGAGUGGUUCACUGAUGAUUGAAGUAAUGCAUUACCCUUUUGACUUCCCUUAUCAGUAAGCUACAUGGUACCAUUUUCUGGCAUGAUUCUGCAACGAGUCAUACACUUAAUGUUAACAAAAUCCACUACAUGUUGCAUUAAUCUAGUUAGUCCUGCCUUCUCCCUCUGUUGCAUAAUUCCUAGUUGCUAAAGCUAUUUUUUGAUAUUCCUACAAAUACUGCGGGUGCUCAGAGUGCUUUUAUGGCAGCGGGCACCUGACAGGUAUUGGUGACUAAUCAACUAAGGGCUAAAAUACUGAACCAAUAAAAAGAACUUUGAAUAUAUAGUGCUUAAGCAAAGAGAAUUUUGGAAAAUAUUUUUCCCCCAGGUUUAAAAGGUCUGACUCUGAGCUGAUGCUGUCAGAAACUCAAAACAGGACUAUAUACCUACUGAUGGGACAUGGUCUUUGACCCUCUAGAUGACAGUCAUCGUAUUAAGCUCCUUCUCUCCGUUGUGGCUUAUAUUUGUCGCCUUUCUGUCUGAUUCCUACUGAUGUUUUCUCCCCUAUCUUGAGGAGUGUCUUCGGCACAGCACAGCACAGCUGCUCCUCUAGCAGGAGGCUGCAGGCACACAGCUCUUGGCUGGCCAAAAAAUAGAAAGGGAAGCUGUGAGCCUGUUUCUGCAAGUCUUGGGAGAACUGGCAAAGGAUCAAGAAUGCUUUCAUCUGAACUGCAGAAGAAAUGCCAUUGGAAUUGCUGGUAGCAGUCGUCAGACUGAUUGUUUCACUAGACCCACCCCCCAAAAAAAAGAGAAUUAGGAAGUGCAGUGUGCUGGAGAGAGGCUAGCAGGCCUGCCAGAAUAAAACAACAAUGCGCUUACGCGGCGUGAGGACCUCUGGGUUCAGGAAGCUUAUCUACCUUGGGACUUGCUACAGGCACUAUCUCAGGAUCGCAUAUGUGUAUAGUUUAUAACAUAUUUAACUUUAAAAGCUUGGCUGCAAUCUUUAUUUUAAGGUGGCACACAGCCACUGGAAUCAUGGAAGUAUGCAGUGCUGCUGGGUGACCCACACUGGAUUUGGUCUUCCAGGCUUCACUGGUGCAGGCAUGUCCGAGUAGCCAUAGGAGGUCUGAUCCAGGCAGCCAGGACCCUUACGAAAGAUUUCCUCUUUGACAGUGCCAAGUCACUGGCCUCCCUUCACGUGCCUGUUGCUACCGCCUUGUAUUACUGUAAUCUGACAUCCCAAAAGCGCUGAUUUACCAAACAGAGGCUGUAGAAAUGUCACUGCAGAAGCUUUCCUUGAAGGCUCCUACUUGCUGUCCUCCAUGCACCCAUUCUGCUUCAGCCUUUUGGGCCCUCCAGGAAACUGGGACACGGCCGAGUCACUCAUCCUGCUGGGAGAGGCAGCAUAGCUCACAGAAACGCCAUUUUUCUCCUACCUCAAGAGAGCUGAAGUGCUUGCAAGCCUCACUGCUUCUUUGGAGCAAAUACAAAACCGGGGAUCUCUGGUGACUAGGCUCUUGGUAGCUUACCCUGUGAGAACAACGAGGUUCACCCGCUCCUUAAUUGACUCCGGGGCAAACUGGGCGCCCAGGCCUGCAGGUAUAAAAGUGUCCUGGACUAGAGCUGCUUGGGAAAAUGGGGUUUACAGCGCAGAUAGCUACCAGCUGUUUCCUCAUACUCUGCCCCCCAGCCCCCUCUAAAUGAAGGUUAACGUUCAUAAAAGUUUGGAAAAGAAUUCGGACUUUUCUGUAUAAAUCUUGUCUGUCUGGUGUGAAAUUCAGUUUGCUGAAACCCAGUUCUGUCCUAAAAGGGGUUGAGGAAGGCUGUGAGCAGCCGUGCACUGGGUGUGGUGUUGCUGCAGGGGAAGUGGGUUUGGGGAGAGGCGGAGGAGCCCGGCACCUCCCCGGGGGUGCUGCAGAGAGGGACGCCAGGAAGGGCCACGCUUACAGGGACCUUCGCCUUUCUGCUCAGAAUAACUGCCUUGCUUGCAAGGUGUACAAAUAAUACAUGUCACUGAAAGCUUUUGGUGUACGCUGCAGGACUGAAAGAAUUAAAAGACCAGUUGAGACCAGUAGGGGACAGAAAGCAUCCGCAAAGGGCAGGUAAAAUUAUGCUCUGCUGCUGCAGACCCCAGACCGCGGGGUGAUGGCGUGGCAGCCUCCUAUGCGGACUGCAGUGGCAUACAGAACAGCUCACAUCUGACUGGAGUGUUCCUUUUCAUGCUGUCAGAAAUUCUUCUGAAGUGGAAAAACACCAAGUUAUUGGAGACAACUGGCUCACUUGUUAUUCUAGUUUACUGUAAAAAUAUUUAAACUUUGAUAAACCUGGCUAACGGAUCGUUCAGAAGUUUAGAGAAGAAGGAGGUCUUUUGGUAGUUUUUUUCCCCUAAAAGGACAUAACCAUGUAUCUUGGCAAGGACCUUAGAUCAGAAUGGCCCCUUUUCAACUUCCGAACCUGCCCCCACCACUCUGUUAUCUUGAUCAAACGCUGCUCACUGGUUUCUAACUUUCACUUUUAAACUAAAAGCUAAGUUUAGGGAUUUAUUCAGAUUUUUCAUUUAAGGUCUGCUUUUUUCUGCUGCUCCAGGGUCUGUGACAUGCAUUCUUGUGUUAGUCCAAUACACAAAAGAGGCGCAAUUAAAAAAGAAUUUUAAAAAUGUUUUAAAAGCAGAGCAGUCCUCCCCCAGGGCUUUUUUUUUUUUCUUUUUAAGUCAAAUUCCAUUAUAUUCCCAAGAGGGUAAAGAGGAGGAGGAUGGUGGGAGGCUGGCAAAGGCCAAAUCUGCUGUGGCCACCCCAUUAUUGAGGAUUUUGUUGUGAAGGGAGCCACAACAGCCCCUGUUUGGUACAGGACUGCAGGUGUAGAUAUAGGAUAGGUAUAGGACAUACCUAUGGGCUGUUAUGCUGCUAACCUGUAGAGACUGCUGGUGGGAGGCUGGCAAAGGCCAAAUCUGCUGUGGCCACCCCAUUAUUGAGGAUUUUGUUGUGAAGGGAGCCACAACAGCCCCUGUUUGGUACAGGACUGCAGGUGUAGAUAUAGGAUAGGUAUAGGACAUACCUAUGGGCUGUUAUGCUGCUAACCUGUAGAGACUGCUGGUGGGAGGCUGGCAAAGGCCAAAUCUGCUGUGGCCACCCCAUUAUUGAGGAUUUUGUUGUGAAGGGAGCCACAACAGCCCCUGUUUGGUACAGGACUGCAGGUGUAGAUAUAGGAUAGGUA